AGGUCGAAACUUUUUCUCAGUGACAACGAACUUCCAUCUUGCCUUUUUCGUAGGAAGCCAGAAAAUUAAAAAUGGGUGCUUAUAAGUAUUUGGAAGAGCUUUCUAAGAAGAAGCAAUCUGAUGUGAACUUGUUCUUGUCUCGAGUUCGUGCUUGGGAAUACCGUCAGAUGAAUGUUAUUCACCGUGCUAGUCGCCCUUCUCGUCCUGACAAGGCUCGUCGUUUGGGUUACAAGGCCAAGCAAGGUUACGUCGUCUACCGCAUCCGUGUUCGUCGUGGUGGUCGUAAGCGUCCUGUUCCUAAGGGUCAAGUCUACGGUAAGCCCGUCCAUGAAGGUGUUAACCACCUCAAGUACCAACGCUCUCUCCGUUCCACUGCUGAAGAGCGUGUCGGUCGCCGUUGUGCUAACUUGCGUGUUCUUAACUCCUACUGGGUUAACCAAGACGCUACCUAUAAGUUCUACGAAGUCAUCUGCGUCGAUCCCUCUCAUAAGGCCGUCCGCCGUGAUCCUCGUAUCAACUGGAUCUGCAACUCUGUUCACAAGCACCGUGAGGCUCGUGGUCUUACCUCUAUUGGUAAGAAGUCUCGUGGUAUUGCCAAGGGUCACCGUUUCAACAACACUCCCAAGCAUGCCACUUGGCUCCGUCACAACACCUUGUCUCUUCGCAGAUACCGUUAAGGUGGGGUUAUUUUAUCGUUUUAUCUUCUGGCUCAAAGAAAUGGUACAAUUCAAAGUUUCAGGUUCAAUUGGAAAAGUUUUAUGAGACAGUAGAGAAGAAUAAGUCUGGUGCGUAGCAUAAGGUUCAAUUCGUAGAGUUUCGUAAAAGAUAUAGCAAAGCCAAGUACUCUAUAAGCUAUCGGAUGGGUUUUUGGUAAUGCAGUACAAUAGAUUUUUGAAAAAUGGUACUGGAGUAUUAAGUUGCACCAAAAGUCAUUUAUGCUUUCUGAUAGCUCAACAAAUGAAGUUAGACGAAGAAGAAAUGCUUGAUUACUAAUAAAAUGAGUUAAGUAUUAGUUCAAAUAACUUCGGUAUGUCUGUUUGCAAACCUUGCUUCAUUGCUUUUACACUUGAUUUGUCUACUAUUCCCAAGUUGAAUUAAUAGCGCUGUAUGGACCCAAAUGAAAUUCCAAACUACAUAUUUCUCAUUGCA